AGUCCAUUUGCGUUGUCAUAUCAACUUGCCGCUCGCAGUGCAGCGAGCAGACCCGUUUUGAUUAAGAAAUCUGUAGGCCUACCCCCUAGUGCUGCAGCAUGAAACUUCAAUAAAAAAAAAGACUUUAAAAGCAAGAUGUCAGAAACAGUGCAAGAUGAAAAGCCUUCCAACGACAGUGGAUCAGUCGUUGGGGAGAGUGAAAAACAAGCAGAUGGCUCAAUUCCAUCUCUAGAAGGAGAGAGUCUUCAAGCAGAAGAAGAAAGUCUGAAGUCUGCAUCUCAAGAUGGAAAUGGUUCAAUCGCUGGAAAGUCAGAAACCACUGGCGAAGAAGGAGAGAAGAUGAAGGAAGGAUCAGAUGAGCAGAAUGGAUCACAGAUAAGUACACAAUCCAAGGAUGAAGAGGAAACGUCGGAAGCAACCGAGACGGCCGACUCCUUCAGCUCCACCGAGAUUCAUUCUUCAAGAAGAUGGCGGGGCAAGAAGAAGAAAGAUGAACCUGUGAUACCUGAUGGUGAACAUACUGUUACCCUCUCAGUUGUGAUCGCUAAAGCGAUACCAACAGUGGACGACCCGGACAUGCCGAAAUUGGAGGACGUGAUGAAGAAGAAGAAACAGAGGAUAGUUGAGGCGCCCAAGGCACAAGGCUACUACCACUGCCAGUACCACCUACUCCCUGAUGAUGCCGACCCCAUAAGAACGGAUGUCGUGACCUUUGGCAUGGCAGCUAAGAUCUACACUGAGCAUGACUCCAAGGUGCUGAAGACAUGGCAAGAAGGGGAUCUGACAUGGAUUGCGUGGUCUCAUAGCCACAAACUUCACGUCACCAGGGACCUUCUUCUGAAGCUUUUCAAUCAUACCCUCGAACUACGGGUUUGGGAAUCAAAAGAGAAGGUCUCCCCCAAGGCCCGCUUCGACCGCCCCAAGGCUUUCCGCCUGCCCCAGGGUAAGCCUGGAGAGGAUGCCCAGGACAUCGGUGGGGUGAGAUCGCUGGUUCUCAAGCAGUCAAGGAGUUAUGAAGCCUUGCAACCAAAAAAGUUCUGCCUGGAUAGACCGGUGCCGACAAAGGGACCGCCUGAACUUGGAGAUAUGAAGCAGUACCAGAAAAGAGAUGAAAAAGGGAGACUUGUUCAUGAUGCAAAGCACAGUCACACACAGUCUCGUGAAGGUUCCAAGGCGCUAUUGCCAAAACCCCCGCAUGCUUCAGAACACAUCGUCAAACCCCAACAUUUGCAUCAUAAAUCCCAAUCUGCAAGGAAAAUGAGCAAGGCAGAGAGCACUACAACAUCCAAACUGUCCCAGAGAGCAGCUAGUUCACCUCCACAUGGCAAAGAUAGCAAGCAAAAGAAGGAGAGCUUGUCGGCUUUACAGGGAAAAGAAGGAGAAAUUGACGGAGCUACCCCUUGCUCAGGAACGCGGAGAGUAUUCAAGGAUUCACCAAUGCAGCGAGAAGCCAAGAGGAAAUCUUAUAAAGCUGAGCAAGCUGCAGCUGCAAAUGCCGCACACAUCAAGAAGUUUGGCAAUGCCUGUAUUCCCAUCAGGAUGAAGUUACUAUUUGCAGAUUUGAAGACGGUCACCAAUCGCCUAGAUUCACCGGUUGUAGGGAUCCGAGACGUUUUCAUCACCGUCUCCCUAGACGGCCCUCUUAUGUCCCCUGACCAACGAUUGGACCUUAACCCCUUGGUCCUCAAGGUCGUCUCUGCCUUAGAUAUGCCCGACACACCUCUCAGUCAUGCUGAGCUUGAGAGGAGAUGUUUGCCGGUUUAUACAUCAUAUAAGUUCUACAAGCAACCAGAAUAUAUGAGUGUUAGGAGGGAACACAGUAAGAAUAUCUACUGGGAUGACGUCAAUGUGGAGCUGCUAGGUAUCAUUCCAAAAGGAGAACUGCUGGAGUACCUACGUGGAGCUCCGUUAGAGAUCCAGGUACAUGACCGAGACCGAAGACCUGAAGAUAUCAAGCAGAAACCAACUCUGUUCGGUGAAGAUACAGAGGAUGAUAAGAUUAGCAAUGUGGGCAUGGUGGCAAGUAAGAGAACUACACAUAAUCCUUUCAAGGGAAGAAUAAAACCAUGGGAUCCGUAUGGCAUCGCCAAGAUUGACCUAUCUGGCUUGCUUCUUGGUGAGAAGAUCAUCUAUCAGACAUCACCCAUCCAUAACUGCCCUCUUCCUGACCUCUUGGGGAGAGGUGUCAAGAACAACAGGCUGAUUGGUGUGUCCAACGCAGCCGAUGGACCAAAAGAUGAGCCAUUGCCUGUUGGACACUACAUUGAUUCAGAUGCAAGGUUAAAGGUCAGACUAGAGGUUGCCCAUGCUAUCACGACCCCACAGAAAGUGCAAUCUAAACCAGAGGUGGAAACUCCAGCAGAGAGCCCAUUCUCUCGUAUCAUCUACAUCUUUGACUACAAGAAUACAAAAUUCCUUCAUCAGCUUCUGAGAUUAGUAACAUCAAUCAAUGCUGCAGCCCUAGACCUAGCACAUCUUCCAGACCAUAUUGUAGAAGCAGCUUUAUCCACCUACAAACUCUCACCGGCUCAGCAGAAGAGUUCCGACCUAGACAUCGUAACUGGUUUCCAGAUCCUAGACGGAGAGAAACACAUUUUUGUGUUGGAGGGACUAAGGGAUUAUUCAAUCAACAAUUUAUGGUGCAGUCUGCCCAGACCACAAAAACAAGAUGGAGUAAUUUUCGAGGCCCUGUACAACUCCGAUAUGAUGUUUAGCGAGAGGAAGUAUGCUGCCCUCGAUGUUGACCUGUGUCGUAUCAAGCUUCAUGAGCCUAUGUCUGUCAUUGUUAAGCAGCCUUUGCUGUACGUCAGGGACAUGGUGCCAAGACCUUGCUUUGAGGCACUCAUCAAACUUGAUCAGUUGGUAAAUCAAGAUAAACUGAGGAAUGUUAGUAAGAAUGACCUGUAUCCUUCUGCUGAGUCUAUCGUCUCAUUAAGUCGAGAGUUUGGUGUUCCUCUCACCACAGCCGACUUUGAAGAUUUGAAGGAGCGUGAUGAGCCGGUGUACCUGAGUGAGGAUGCCGUCAGAUCUCACUCUGCCUCUCAGGUCUUACCUAGUCUUAGACCUCGUAGGAUCUGGACCCCACUACAGAUCUAUAAUCCGGACUACAUCAUGUAUAAAGAACAGAUGGAACUCAUGGGUCCUAUGCAUGAUUUUAUCAAAGAGAACAUUAAUCAUGUGAACAAGAUAAGCGAGGAGAAUACGGCUAAGAAGGUUAAACCACGUACCAUUCGGAUUGAGCCUGUUAAUGGUGUGGCCCAUAAUUACAGCACACAGACACUCAAUGCUACUGAACAAGCCAAGGAACUACUAAGACAGGAACUCGCACAAGAACCAGACAGAAGGUUCACCUACUGCAAGGACUUCAACUCUGCUUCUGUUGUUCCUGUCAAUGUGGAGGCAGUCAAGAAGGCAGAGGAACAGAGAUCAAAGGACAUGUGGCAGGCCGAAGAUGGUUUCAUCUACCCUGGCAUCCCAUCAGCAAUAGAGAGUAACGUCCAUCCCAUGAAACCAGACCCAGCAAGAAGGGAUGAACUAAAGGAGUCCUGGAUAGAAAACGUCUUGCAUGCCAACGUCUUGAAGCCAACCCUAGAAUAUCGCAACCGUUACGAAUGGGCGCAACGGGACCAGGAUAUGAACCUCUGGCGGAAGCCCCUCCCAGGCGGCUUUCAGCCUGUCCCACCAAUCACCAUCCAUCUCGCCGGCGACACCCUCAAGGGGGAAAAACAGGCCGUCAAGAACACCGAACAAGACGUCUGGAGGUCGAAGGUCAAAGUGUACGAUACGCGGAUGCACUUUCACCGGGUCGCCCCGGAUACGGAGCUGAUGGCGGCAGGGUUCAAGUCCAGCAAUCAGAUCGACCGUCUCCGUGGCCUGCUCAAGGAUGACGCCGAGAAACUGUCACUGGUGCAGGAGAACUUCCAGGACAUGCCUGCGCUGUCCGUUGUCAUGAACCCAUCGGUUGACACGGCAGCCAGGGAGGCGGGGCUGCCUAUCCCUGAGGUCAACAGUGAUAGGGCAUCCAUGCUUGGAGAGAGACCAAACUUCAUGCCCGGUGCCUACCCCCAUGCCAGCCUGGCCCUCUCCAGUAACAGAAUACCCAUCAGGGAUAUGGAACAUGCCAAGUUUGAGGAACUCAAGGGAUAUGAUUUUAGGCUUUACCACAAAGAUCGAGGACCAAUGCACAAACGUCACAUCGAGCCUCUAGCCACCGCAGACAGGGACAACCAUCUCUUCAGGAACAUGCCCGCCAAGCCUUACCAAGAACCUAGCAAGCUUAGACCGGGCAACGUGUGCUUCCACAAACCCCCACCUGGCAUCUACCCUGCCCACGUUCACACCGAGUUUUAUUACCCUGAUAGAGAGAAGUUCCUCGACAUGGGAGAGACCAGGAAGAAUGCGACGCAGAAGAAGAAAGUUCUAGAGUCCGCCAUGUAAACUGUUCAUUCUGAUCAUUUGUUACACCUAUGUGUGAACUCUCGUCAUUUUAAGUGUCCUUCUUGCAUUGAAGAUGCUUCGAGUUGGUGGAAAUUCAGAAAGUUAUAGUUUAUAAAAGACUAUUGCAAAAGACAGACCAUGUUGUCAAGUAAUGCUAAAAAACAAAUGUACGUCUUGCACUACUUCACCUCUUCUGCUUUUACACCAAUAUGUGUAUAUGUAUACUCUCUUUGUCAUUCCAAAGUGUUUUCCUUGCUUUACAGGUGCUUCGAGUAUUGGAAAUUCAUACAGAAGAUAGUUCAAAGACUAUUGCAGAAGACAUGCAAUGCUGUCAAAUUAUGCAAGAAAAAAUUUUUUUACACAACUUUACUUCUUCCUCUUUCAGAGCGAAAACAUAGUUCAAGGACUGUUGCAAAACAUGCAUCAUGCCAUUAACUAAUACCAGAAAACAAGUGUUCCUUUCAAAAAUUUCACUUCUUCCGCUUUCAUAUGGUGCAAGUUAUUUGCGAGAUUAUGGUGUUUUUGGAAUAUAAUUUCCAAGGAGAAAGGUGCCUUCAACUUCUGUUGCAAGAGUAUUAGGCUUUCAAAACCCAGAAGGAUUUGAAAUAUCCCAGUACCAUUGUAUUUAUCGUAUUUGGUGCUUGACUUUGUCUUAUAAAACUCACUUAGAUAUUGGAAAUACACAUACACUCAUGCGCACACCAGGUUAGACAUGGAUUACUUUCUGGGUUAAUAAAAUCUUAUCUAUUAACUCAAAUUGUUUACACUAAUCAGGUCGAUUUCCCAUGUUACAAAGCCAUUGUUUAUGAUAGAAACUAUUACAAUAGAGUAACAAUUCAAAUUCACUUGCAGUUUAACUGUUGAUAAGAAAUCUUGGUAGACAGGAGCUGCAGUCCAUGUCCAGUAGAGAUAUAUUUGGUGCAAACUACAAAUUAAAAGAAACUGCCACGCCCACUUUCAAGAAGCACAGACUAAACAUACUGCCAUUGCCAGACCCUGUUGGCAUAGCUAGCAGGCUAGCUACUUAGAUAUUGCAUUCCCCUCUUAACGACAAAGACAUUGCUAGAAAACUAUUCAAACCAUCGGAUCCUCAUAAUAUAUACGGAGCAGAAUUUAGAACUUGCAGUGAGUCUAAGACUGAGCCAUGUAAACUUAUGAAGCACAUGAAUGAGAACAAAGAUAUGCUAAUAAGCCAGCUGCACUGCACAACUCUGUACAAUAAAACAUUAAUGGCCAAGACAAGCUAUUUGGGUCACUGGCAUAGUAAUAUUGAUCAAGGUUUACAAAGUCUUAGAUAGACAUGACCUUUAACACUUGUAUUAGAAUAUAUUGUACUCGUGUAGUGAAAAUUUCAGUGCUUUUUACCUGUGAUUUCUAUUUAAAGAGAAAUUGUAUAUUUAUGUAUAUAUUGUAAAAUUAUAAAUACUUAAUAUGGUUGUAAUAUAUUGAUGCAGGAUGUGUAUAUUAUAUUCUGAAUAAGAUAAUCUGAGAUUGGGAGAUAUUUAACUUUGUAAAUUCCAUGCAGUUUUAUGCUUCAUCACUACUUAUUUGUAUCCUAUUUCCGUCCAUAGCCUACCUUUGCACAGCUAUAAGUAUUCAAAAAUAUUGAUGCCUUGGUAGUAUAAGGGGGCGUUGCUAGAAACUCAUUUAAAUGCAAUUUCAAAUAUCAAUUUCAUAGUUAUAGGUUGAUUUAUUACAAUUUUAAAUAAAUUCAAACUCUCUGUUGUACAAAAAAUAUUUUCAACCAAUUGCAAAUUUGCAAUUCAAACCUGUCUUGAUUUUGUGAUCGUGAAUUGACUUGCAAUUGAUUGAUCAAAAUUAUCUUUAUCAAAAUCAAUUUAUACUCUUUGUUGUACAAAGCAGAUUUUCAAUCACAAUUUCAAGACUUGUUAUAAGUUUGUGAUCUCAAAUUGACUUGCUAGUGAUAGAUCAAUUUUCAUCACUUCAAUUAAUAUUUUCUGUUGCCUAAAGCAGACCUCAAUCAAUCGUAAGAUUGAUUGAGGUCAGCAUUUUUUAAUUGACAAAAUUCAAGUUUCCUGCAAUUCCCCCUUAGUUUGAAAUACUAUCUUCCACAUUAAAUGCUGAUAAAUUUUAACUUUAUAAAUUUACAUAUAUGUGCUAGAAUUCUUCCUUAUAUAUAUCAUAUCAUGUUGGUGCAAUAUUUUUAUAAUCUUGAUUUUGUUUUGAAUAUUGAAUCCAUUGUGGUAAAUUCACUUAAUUGAAGGACGUUGCCAUAUCUAUCAGGUUAGCAUCCAUUGCAAGUCAUUACUACAGUAGUUCUUAUGUGAUGCAUUAUGGGUAAAAGUAGAUAGAUUUGUCAGCUGCGAUACCAGGGCCCCGUCUUACAGAGAGUUAUGAUUGAUCCAAUCAAUCUCAACUGUAUGGAAAUCCAUCCAUAUCAUAAAUUUUUCUCCAGGAAAUUUCCACAAUUUCCUUUGUAAACAAAGAGAAUCACACUGAAUCUUCAAGAAAACGAUGAAUGUGUGAAUAUACAUCAUAUCUCGAAAAUAUAAUGAACAAAUAUGCAUUUUAGAUGUUGAUGUUGCUGGCCAUCCAUUGUUGUGGUUGAUUGGAUCUAUCGCAACUCUUUGUGAGACGGGGCCCAGGAAUUCAUCUUUCUCAUGGUCUUGUGCUCGGGCUAAAGAUUUCAACUUACAACUGAAAAGCCUUGGCCAGAAAAAUGAGUAAUAUACCUAUAUUUUGACUUUUGACAAGAUCCAUGGCCAUUUUUGGUAUGCAAUUCAUGAUUCUGGCCAUCUUGAUAUGAAUUUGCUGGAGCAUUUCAUGAAACAGUUCAGAUUAUUAUUAUAAGCUACUCGGAAUUCUUACAUCUGAUUCGAUGCCGUGUUAUUGUGCAUCUGGUUAGGCUGAUGGAUGCGACUUUUGUAAGCAGCUUAGCUGUUAUUUAGAUGAAAAGUUUUAAGGUUGUAUAGAAUAAACAUUCUUCCUAUCAAUUUAUCUACAAAUUGCCUUGUUCAUGCUAAACACUGCAAUCUAGAAGCAAACUUUUUCCAGAAUUUCUCAUCAUUACAGCACACUUGUACAGAAAAUGUAAUAAAAGAAUAUUAACAAAAACUAUAAA